AACCGGAGAUUGGAAAUUAAUAAUAUUGAAUCCUCAAAGUAGCCCACGUCCAGUUAGAGAGGCAGAAAGUGGAGAGAGAAAAAAGAAGAGCUUGGAGAAAGGUGUGGUUGGUUGACACAGACGGGAAGGAGAUUUACUGAGAAGGAGAUUGAAAAGAGAGCGAUAAAGAAGUGGGGAGAGUUUGGAGAGAGGGUUACAAGCAAGGUAUGAAUUCUUAUUUCGCAAACCCGUCGCUCUCGUGCCAUUUAUCCGGUGGUCAAGAUGUUUUGCCUAACGUCCCCCUGAACUCCACCACCUAUGACACAGUCAGACAUUUUUCGUCGUACGGUGCCGCUGUGACCCAGAAUCGGAUAUAUGCACCUUUCUACUCCCCUCAAGACAAUGUCGUCUUUGGCUCUGGCAGGGCACAGUACGAGUAUGGAUCAAACGUGUUUCUUCAAGACAAGGACGUGCUCCCCAGCUGCAGACAAACUAACAUGGGACUCAAUACACAAAGCCACAUUGCUCAAGAGUACAGUUUGGAUCAAGGAAGAGCAGGAGCGCAGGAGCAGAAAAGCAACAUCCCGAUCUACCCGUGGAUGCAGCGCAUGAACUCACACAGCGCAGGAGUGGGCUACGGGACAGACAGGCGCAGAGGACGCCAGAUCUACUCUCGCUACCAAACCCUCGAGCUGGAAAAGGAGUUUCACUUCAACCGCUACCUGACCAGGCGCAGACGCAUCGAAAUUGCUAAUGCGCUUUGUUUAACGGAGCGCCAGAUCAAAAUUUGGUUUCAGAACCGGCGCAUGAAGUGGAAGAAAGAGAGCAACCUGACCUCCACGGUGACUGGAAGUGAACAGACAGGAGCUUCUCAGGAGGAGGAAGCGCGCAGUGGCGCAGUGGAGGAAAAGAAGGAAGAGGACAAGAAGAAAGAAUAGUUCAAAAAGAAGAAGAAGAAAACCCAACAUAACUACCUAAAAUAUCUACAUGGACUUGAGAGCGACUUCACUGCAUGAUGGCUAAACCCCGCAGCUCUCCCACUAAAACCCCAUGUUGAUCACAGGAGUGUUGAGCCUCAGAAAUCCAAAUUAUUUCAGCCUCAGUUUGGCCCCUGUGACAUGUGGAGCGCUCAUGUAUUUUUUAUUUUACUGCAAUGUCACACUUGUAUUGUGAAAAUAAAAAAGUAUUAAUUUUUACGUUAUUCUCAUGCCAGUAAAACCUGUGUAUUUAUCCCCCACACCCCAUCCAUCUCUGUGAACUCUUUGAUCACCUCUCAGAAUACAGUGUUGGUCAGACCUAGCUCAGUAUUGUACACGCACAUUCCACGGAAGGACCGGACACUUCAUGUGAUCACCGUAUAAUCCACUACUUGAAUAAUGCGCGGAAAAGUGUCCUGCUGCAUAAACAUUAAAGUUGCACGGAUAUUGAAUACACUCCACACACACAUGCGCACACACAACUUAAAUGCCUGUAUAUAAUCAAAGUAUAACAUGUCAUCCCUGUGGGGACUUAUGUGCAUUUAGCCGCUAUAAUAGACGCUGCAUAACAUAAAAACUGCGCUUUUAGCCCCCUUCUUUUGAUUUGUCCAACUGACACAAUAGUCUUCCCUUGUGAGAUAGAUUUGUACACUUUUAAUUCUCCACUUUGUUUGGAAAAGUCAUGUUUGUCAUAAAUGUGUA